AUGCUAGCGGACCCGCGCCCGCGGGGUCCGCCGAGGCCGCAGGCCACUCCGGCGUCACCGCCGCCCGCGAGGGCGCCCGACGCCGCGGCCGCAGCGGCCGCCGCUGCAGGAGGUGCCGCCGGCAGCGCACCGACAGCGGAGACGUCCAGAGUCCCGCCCUCUCCCGACAGCACCGUGGAGGGCCACUACGCCGAGGGCGGGGACUGGAACGACUGGUGGCAGAGGGCGAGUUCCGCCUGGGACGGUGGGGGCAGAGGCCUUGACGCAGGCCUGUCAAAGACGGCGCCGACAUACGAGCUGCUCAAGACCGACGGCUACAGAGUCUUUCGCCGAAAGCUGGAGGUCUUCGAGCGCUGCUGCAGGAAGCGCGGCACCACCGCGGUCAGCGAGGGCGCGUUCUUGAUUAUGAACUCGCUGCAGGGUGAAGCCGCGGAGGCUACGGAAGACAUCGACCUGGAUCAGCUGGAGACCGAGGGCGCCUUCAAGCCGCUGUUCCAGGUCCUCGACGAGUACUACAAGUAUGAUAACCAGACCGAGCUGCCAGCCCGCACAGAUCAGUUUUUCGGCAAGUUCGCUCGCCAGGAUAAGGAGACGAUGAAGCUCUACUGCUUGCGCCACAAGCGAGAGCUGAGGAAGCUCAAGGAGGUCGGCAUGGAGAUUCCCGACAUGCUGGCGGGCUGGCACCUCCUCUCACGAGCGGCCGUCCCACCUUCGGGCGCCGCCCAGGUACGAAGUCAAUGUGCCAAUGGUCUCAGUUGGACUAGUGUGAAGAAGGCCCUACUCGAUACAUAUGGAGCCGAAGCCGUACCCGACAAGCGCGACGUGAAGCGAGUUGAGAGGAUGCUGGUCGGGCAGGGUCAUAAGGACGACCUGGAGGAGGAAGAAUACGAUUACGACGAGUACGAGGAGUACGACGCUGAAGAGUACGAGGAAGAGGCCGACGUCGCCGAGGAGCUGCCGCAGGACGUGGAAGAAGCCCAGAUCGCGUGCGACGAGGCCUACCUCAGUUUCGUGGAUGCGAAGAGGCGCGUGGCGGAGAUCGCCAAGUCGAGAGGUUUCUACCCGAUCGUCGCUGUCGCGCCCGACAGCAACUUUCAGCACGGCAAGGGCGCGCCGAAGGUGAACAUCUUCAACAAGCCCCCGUCGGCGACGCCGGCAGGAUCGACCGCUACUGGCUCGACGCAGCAGCACGGCCCGAGGUUCAAGCGAUUCCGUGGAGGAGGUUUCGUGAAGCCCGACUCGGAGCACGCCGCCAUGGUAGAAGACGUGGAGACGCUAGAGUACGCUAACUCGACCGAGGAGGUGUACCUGAUGUCGACUGGCAUGGGCAUCAGCGACGGCGGCGCGACGCGACCCGUCAUGGGCGACAAGAUCUGGGCGCAGUGGGAGGAGCUGCUGCGUUCACGCCAGCUGCUGCACGAGGUCGAGUACGGCAAGAGCGACCGACGAUUUCGAUUCGGAGACGGCAAGACGCUGGAGGCCAAGCGGUCCGUGACCUUGAACGUGUGGCCGUUCGGCGUCAAGAAGCAGAUCACGGUCCAUCUCGUCGAGGGGUGGGCGCCGCUGCUCAUCGCCCGUCCGCGCAUGGAGGAGUGGGGUUUGGUCCAGGACUAUCGCGCCGGCACGGCCACCGACGACGCGAUGAACGAGGGCGCGCCGACCGAGGGCGAGCCCAGCAGCGACGACUCGACCGACAACGAGUCCGAGGCACCGCCGAGCGAGUCCGAGGACGAUUCUGAAUCGUCCGACGUGGGCCCCGACGCGUACUACCUCGAGACGGCCACCGAGUUUUAUGACAUCAGUGACAAUGACGACGUGGGAAGUGAGUGGGCCCAGGAGUUUUCGGUCUGGGAGGUAUUCGUGGGCGCAGGAGGUCUGUCGCAGGCGCUGCUCGAGUACCCCGCGGUGGACGUCACGCAGUUCCGCCUCGAGGACGGCUGGGACUUCUCCAAGCCGAAGGUGAUUAAGGCGUUCCUGAGGAAGAUCGACGUCGAGAGACCCGACGACAUUUUCUUCGCACCCCCGUGCAAGGCAUGGUACUCGUGGCAGUACGUGAACGCCUCGCUCUCAGCAGAGCACGCCGCGGAGAUCCACGAGGCGAGGGUGCGCGAGGAGAAGACGUUUCUGAAGUUGGACCGUGACUCGUUCGUGAAGCAGCUGAAUGGAGGCCGACACGCCUAUGUGGAAGGCCCAUGGUCAGGAGCGCACUGGAGCGCCAAGACGUGGAAGGCACUGCCGGGCCGCCACUGCCGGCUGGACCAGUGCCGCCUGGGAGCCAAGUUCCCCAUAAAGGGAGUGGACAUGCCGUACCAGAAGCCGACGCGAUUGCAGUCCACCAACAAGGAGUUCGUCGAUCACAUGGGUCUGAGUUGCGAGUGCAGGGGCGAGCACGUGACACUACGCGGCAAGCUCGCCCAGCAGGCUCAGAACUACCCCGCACCGAUGGCUCGACUGAUGGCUUACCUGAUUGCCUACCAGGGCAUGGCCGCCGACAUCGACGAGAUUUACACAGCCGAGGAAGUGCACAAGGACAUCGGCGCCAUCGAGUACACAGACGUAAUGCAGGAGCUGAUGAAGCGCUUCAACGUCUCGACCAUCCGCGCGGUCAAGCGCGCACGUGCCCCAGCAGAGUGGAUCCAGCGCGCCAGGCUCUAUCAGUGCGAGAUCUGCCUCAAGAGACAGCGACCGCGCACCGUGCGCGUGGCCGUGCUCCCGAAGGCCAAGCGCUUCAACGAGGUGGUCAGCACUGACGUGUACUACGUUACCUGGAAGACGAAGGAGCGGAAGAUCCUAGCGAUGAUGGGCGAGUUCACGCGCUACGAGGUCGACUACCCCAUCGCAAAGGAGACUUUCAAGAAGGAGAAGAAGCUCUUCGAGAAGCUCUGGAUCAGCUGGGCCGGCAAGCCCGAGACGAUGCGCAUGGACAUGGGCGGUUCGCACACGUCCAAGAAGAUGCACUCCUGGAUGAGCAAGCACGACAUCAAGCUGGACCUGAUACCGAAGGGCGCGCACCACAAGCUGGGCUGGAUGGAGCGGAACCACGCGGUUCGGAGGGAGCAGCUGAGCAAGUGCCACAUGCAGUUCCCCGACGACUCGCUCAAGACAGCCCUUAGGAUGACGGCCAGCCAGCGCAACCUACUGCGGAACGUGCGCGGGUUCUCACCCGCCAUGCUGGUGCUGGGGACUCAGCCCCGCGUGCCGGGCGCCCUCUCCGACGAGGACUUCGGCCUGGCCGAGCAGUCCGCGCUGGUCGACCCGAGGAGCGAGGUGCACGAGAUGAUGCUGCGGCGUGUCGCUGCCGGCACGGCCUUCAUCGAGGCCGACUGCUCGCGCGCCGUGCGCGCAGCCCUGCUGGCCCGCAGCAGGCCGACCCGCCGAGGAUACGAGGUUGGCGAGUGGGUCUACAUUUGGAGACCUGAGCCUUCGCGUGGCCUGGAGAAGUGCCACUGGUUCGGCCCCGCGCUGGUGGUGGCCGUGGAGGCGAAGCCCAACGAGGACGACGUGAUGCACACCUCAGUGGUCUGGGCCACACACGGGCGCGUGAUCUACAGGUGCACGGUCGAGCAGCUACGACCCGAGCUGCCGGGCGAGGCCCGCGAGCGCGAGGGCCGCAGGGGCGACCCCGACAGCCCGCUCAGCUUGAUCGAGAAGCUGCGCCGCGCGUUGAAGCGGACGAAGGGCACCUGCAACUACAGGGACCUGGCGGAGGAGGGGCAGACGCCCCAGUACGACGACAACCUGGACGACAUGGGGGAUCAGCCGCAGGCGCGGGGGCCCGACGUCCAGGAGACAGACGCGGAGGAGCCCGGCGAGGCGUCGGGGGCAGCUGCAGCGGCAGCUCCCGAAGAGGCUCAGCCUGGCGAUCCUGGCGGCGUGGAAGCAGUUGAUCGAGACUCACCACGUUCCCCAGCGGCUGAUGCUGGCGCCGCCGCGAGCGGAAGUGCAUCGAGCCAUGCAGCGCCAGAGCCCAGCCGGCUCCACAUCGAGACGAUGGCCAAGAGGAGCGUAGAGGAGGCCGAGAAGCUGGACGGCGUGCCGCUAUCGAAGCGAGCCCGCUUGACGUGGGCCAAGCUGAACCCUCCUGACGAGCACGCCACGCUGCUCGAAUAA